GUGAACCUCCAUAAAUACUCUUAUCACCAUACCAUUUUUCCCCUCUCUCUCUUCUGCUAACUCCACUGUCUUGAUAACUGCUACUGCUCAAGGAGAGGGCUCGAUUCUUCAAGAGUUUAUGGUGAUCAUGGGAAUUCAGAAGCCUGCAUGGUUGGAAGCCCUUUACUCACAGAAAUUCUUCGUAGGGUGCUCAUACCAUGAAACUGCAAAGAAGAACGAAAAGAACGUGUAUUGUUUGGAUUGUUGCAUUAGUAUCUGCCCUCAUUGCAUACCCUCACAUCGUUUUCACAGGCUUCUUCAGGUUCGUCGGUAUGUAUAUCAUGAUGUUGUCAGAUUGGAAGAUCUUCAAAAGCUUAUAGAUUGCUCUAAUGUUCAGGCCUAUACUAUAAACAGUGCUAAAGUGGUGUUCAUCAAGAAGAGACCUCAAAACAGGCAAUUCAAAGGGGCUGGAAACUACUGUUCUUCUUGUGACAGAAGUCUCCAAGAACCUUUCAUCCAUUGCUCUCUGGGGUGCAAGGUAGAUUUUGUGCUGAAACACUGCAAAGACCUCUCUCCAUUCUUAAGAACAUGCAACACUUUAACACUCAGCCCUGACUUCCUGGUUCCCCAAGACAUGGGAGACGAUGAAAUGACAAAUAACGAGACACCACAUUCAACAAUAGUGGACAGUACUGAUGAGCCAAUGAGCUGGUCUUCAGGGUCGUCAGAGAACAUGAGCAUGGCAUACAGUGAUCAGAUUGUGAGGAAGAAGAGAAGUGGGCUAUAUUUGUGUGGGAGAUCAGCCACUAAGGUUUCUGAAGAGGACAUGGCUACAAGCAUGAGUAGAAGGAAAGGCAUUCCCCAUAGAUCUCCUCUAUGUUAGCAAAAAAAACUUAAAAAAAAACAAAAGCAGUUUAAAUUACAAUUUUUUUACUACUAGUUUAAUUUGAUAUUUUUGACUGAAUCAUUAAUUUCAAAAUGCUUCAAGCUCUGUCUCUCUCACCCUCUCUAUCUCUUUCCAAAUUAAUUUAUUCACUUGGUCGGGGGUUUUGUCUUAAUGGCAUCACGUGAUUCCCAAUUCCAAGUUAAAUGUUUGUACAA